CCUCUAGUUGUGACGAGUCAGUAGGUCCACAACCGAUCUUACCUCCCGAGGUGCCACCUCUAGCGAUACUCACCGUUUCAUCUUACUCCUUCGUCGUUGUACAUAUUCUUUGAUCAUCCAAUCACCAUGGUGGCCACCUUGAUCCUCACUCGCACAUUCGCAAUUUGUGCGAUGAUCGUCGGUGGUGCUCCCUCUGACGAAUGCUGCCCCAUUAUAUCAUCUUCUGGUAUUCAGCAUAUCGACGAGAGGAACUGUCGCUUCUUAGGGUGCUUGUUCGCAGCACCGAACGUACGCCACGCAUCGACUGCGGACAUUCCUUCGCUGUCUGGAACGGCUGAUACCACGCCAGAGGCGUCCGUGCCUUCCGAAGCAACCGAGACGUCCUCUGGCGGCAUUCGAAUGGCACACAUCAUUGCAAAGCCCUCGACGAUUUCUGCCAGUGGGAUAUUGAGGAUGCCCCAAUAUUGCACCCCGGAUCUGGACGCAGAAUGGGCCGAGCUAUUGCCGGAGAUUGACUCGCUUGAAAAUGAGCGCUGCCAGAAAAUUUGGCAAUGCCCGCUCGCGCUACCAGUUUACACCCAUAUCCGUGCCCACUAGCUGGAUGGUGGACCACCUUCUUUCAGCCCCUUGAUGUCCAUGUGGUUUGCCUCGUCCGGACAACAUCGUCUAGCUUUCUGGAAUGCUCUCGUGUUAGCUCUCGCCUGUUCUGCGACACCUCCUAGUAUUAGUGCUCAUCCUCGAUCCGAUCUCCCUGCUUGUCUUCUGGCGCCGAGCGUGCAGUCGACGCCCACCUUGUUUGGUGGUUGCAGGCAGACCGCUCACUUCCAUUCAUUCAAGCACAUACAUAGGCAUCUGGAUUUACUGUAUCCGUUAAAUUCUUAGAUUGUCGUGGUCCUGUGUAUCUGUACUGCUCGUGUAUCCACCUUACCACCGUGUUAAUCCCGGUUUGUUCAUGAAAUAAUCGAACUGAGCAAUCGACACGACAAUUGUCGAUGUAGCAUAACACCUUUAUUCCCUGACAAGUAUCUAUAAUUUACCCGACUGCUUG